AUGAAGGAUGAUGUUAAGGUUGAGAGCAGUGGUGGGACAGAAACAGGUGUCACUAUUGAAGUACUAGUUUCUAUGCCAGACAAAAAAAUCCAGGUCAGCAACCUACUUUGUACUCUUCUAUUUAAAUAAUGGGUUAGAUAGGUUUUCAACUCUGGGCCAGCAAUCUGAUAGCUAGCAUAUUUGAGCUUUUCAUAUCUUGCACUACUAUUUUCAAGGCUGAUUCAAUGGUUGUUUUAUGCUGACUAGGGUGUUCUCAAACAGUUUUUGUGUGCAUUGUCCCACAUGCAUGUACUUCAUAGUUGUAAUCUGCUCAAUAUUUGUAUUGUUUGGUUGUGUUCGUUUUUAAAAACAUUUUUUGUUCUUUCCUUCCUCUCUCUGCAGCUUUUUUUUUUUAAUUUUUCUGAUUAUAUUGUUUUUUCAUGUUUUUUCACUGAUGAAAUCUAAUUUUAUCGUGGCAAGUCAUGUAAUCAUACCUGGGCUGAGACUAGGUUUAAUGGUGUGCCUGUUUAAGUAUUUUGGUGGGUAGGGCAGUCUUAAAGGCUGUUCUAAUAGUCUUGAUUUGGGUUGGUGUUAUUAGCCCUAAGGCUCUUGGGCACCAAAUCUUUAUUUGAGAUAUAAAUAUAGGUAUUGUAGGCAUUGCACUGCCUCAGUGGAAGAUUGUAUACGAUGAUCUACCUGUAGCUUAGUUCCCAUUUAGAAUGAGCAUAGAACUUUUCAAUUUCUAUCAUCCAGUUUCUGUGUAAUUUGAUUUUAACUUUUUGUUAAAUAAUAUACUUGUUCAAUAUUACAGAAACUUUAUCACUUUGAUGUUCACGACAAAGUAUGGAAUGCAAAGUUACAUGUGAUUAAUGAUUUAAUUAAGGUAAGGAUACAUGUACAAGAAACUCUAAAUUGCCAGCCUUCUUUUAAGAAGCUGAGACAGACGUACAUGUACUUUAUGUUUCCUCCUAUCAUCACAAUUUGCCAUAACAGCAGCAUGCUGUGAUGUUUUUCAAAAAACACAACUUUGAGGUCAAAUUUUAUUAAAGAGUUACUGUCAGGAAAUAAGAGCUAAAAGAAAAAACUGGUCGGUGUGAGGGGGGGAGGGCCUCCUCCUCCUUACUUAAAUUUAAUCUGGUGCCUUAUAAUAUGUGACCUUGAAAAAGUUAACAUUUUAAAAUCUUAUCCCUUGAUUACAUUGUGAACAUUUUAGAAUGUGAAAGAUGCUGCAAACUAUGGAUUCUAUGACCCACCAUGCAAUGGAAAGUCAGGCAAGUUUCUUGAAGAAGAGAGAUUAUUCACUGAUUAUCCAUUAUCAGGAUCACCUCCAGUUCUUGAGGUAUGCAUUGACUUAUGAAGUAAUUACGUAUUAGUUAUUCAUACAAUUGUGACUAUGAUUACAUGUACUUUUUGGACUGUUUAUUGUGGUUAUCGUCCAGGCUGUCUUGAAUCCUUCAGAUGAGGUUUUUAUGUAGAAGGGAAUAAACAAGUAAGGCAGAUGCUACCAGAAAUUAGAGGGUGCUGGGUAUCAAGUUUGUGGUAAUCAUGAUUGCUAUUUGCUUAAGUUUAUUACUCUGCCUGGUGUAGCUGUAUAGUGUUUAAUGUAACUUGAUUUUGUUACAGUUCAAAAACAAACGGAGAAUUUACCGUUCCAUGGCAUAUGAACAGAAGACUCUGCAAAAACUGAAUGUAAAGGUAAAUGAAAAUAUACAUUGUAUAAUGUAGUCAGUCAUUUACAUGUUGCUAACUUUGUUUAGUUGUGCCUACUGUAAAUAAGAAGUGGUUUAAGGCCCCAUUCAAACCAGCUUGCAGCUGAACUGGACCAGCAUAUUAAGCAUAUAUUGAUUUGCUCAUUUCAGAACAUUUUAAAGUGAAGGAUGCUGUAAAGUAGUUCUUACUUUCAAGAUUUUGUUUGCAUUUCUGACCUGUCAUUCAGCUGAAACAAAUUCAUGACUUCAUGUAAUUGGUUAACUUGCUCCUGGUUGUGGACAUCCCUGUUAACUUUUGAUGCUUAAUCUCUUUCUUUAAGACAAAUCAGAAGAAGUUCUUGGAGCUGGUCUCCUCUGGUGCAGUUAGCCAAGUGGGCAAGAUGGCUGAGAAGGGAAUUGAUCCUAAUUUUCAUGAUGAUCGCACUGGAGGUAAAAAAUUGGAUUAUACUUGGAAAAGCUUUGUAAUAGUUUACAUGUAUCCGUAUCUGUAUCUGUAUCUUUUGUUUGCAUCAUAUAUUUACCAGUAGUAUAAGAUAACUUUAUUAAGUAAAUGGCUCUUUGUAAAGGGAUCAACUUCAAAGGCAGUCAUUCUGUUAAAAAAAGGAAAGAAGGAAAGAAAACUACAGUACCCCUUAAGUAUGCAUUAACAAAACAAGGGAAUAAAAUGCACCAAAAAUUGCAUGCAAUUGCAAAGAGCAAAAAAUUUGGGUGUCAAAAAAUCAAGAAGUCAAAAAGUGAUAGUAAACAAAACCAGAAAAAUUGAGUUUAAACAUGUUAAUUCAACUUUUCACCUUGAUUUACAGAGACACCACUAACAGUAGCAGUAACCAAAGACAAUGCAAGGGAAAUGAUAGUCACUUUGGUAAAUGGAGGAGCAUUGCUGGACUACAGGACACAAGAGGGACUGACUCCUCUUCACAGAGCAGCAAUGGCUGGAAAAGCAAUAUCUGUCAAGGUAACUUGAAUUUUCCUCCUGUUGAAUUAUUUUGUGGUACUGUUACAACUGUAUAUAUUGAUUGGCAUCAUUCAUCUUUUUUUUUUUUUUUUUUUUUUUUUUUUUUUUUUUUUUCAGACCCUUUUGGAUUUUGGAGCAUCACCAAAUUACAAAGACUUGAAAGUAAGUAAAAGUAUGGCUCAGUUUUGAAGUGUCUUACCUGUGACAGGGGUAUAAAUUUCUAGAAGGCUUUCUUAACUGUGGUUUGGUUUAUUUUUCUAAGUUUUUGAGUAUGUCUGUGAGGUAUGACAGUGGGACUGUUGCAAAAAGAACAAGAGACCCCUGUAUUUGGCCAGUGUGCCUUCCCACAUUCAUAAUUAGUUGGUGCAUGAUGAGAGUAUGUACUUUUCAGUGCAGAAAAAAACUUUUUCUGAGAUACAAGUUUAUUUUUAUUAUUGAUGUUUACUCUCUGCAGGGCCUCACACCAUUAUUCUACACGGCAGUUUAUGGUGGUGACCCAUACUGCUGUGAAAUUCUUCUUAAUGAUCAAGCUGAGCUGCACAUUGCUGACCAUCAGGGCAAGCAGGAAAUACACUUGGUAAAAAUUGCUAUGUUGUUCAUACAUACUGUAGUUGUAGUGAAUGUCAUUGAUUUUUUGUAUACAGUUGCUUGUGUUUAUGUCCAUGCAUUUCACUAAAUGCCCAAUUCAUAAAAGUUUGUCUGUGAGAAUGUUCAGCUUUUAACUUUUCUAAUUACUCCAGUGUGGCCUUAGUACAGAGUUGAUCUAGAUGAUUCUAGAUGUUGCUGAACCCUAUGAUCAUGGUAAACUUCUGGUCGCAAACAUUUCCCAGUUGUCAAGAUUGAAGUUCAAAUAAUACUGAGUUUGCAAGUGAAGGAAAUUACUGAACCUUCACCUCUUUUCAGGAUUAAAAAAAUUGGUCUUGAGAACAGCAUCACGUUAUCAAAAUUGUAGAAUGGAGGGGCUCAACUGGAACUUUGUCUCAUUUUUUCAAAGAGCUGAGGUUGUUGCCAUAACCUUGAUCGUACUGGCUUCACUGCGGUUCUUUCAGUUAAAGAUACAUAACAUACAUAUGUACAUGUAUCUACAAAACUCCAUAAGGUGUAAUAAUGAUGACAUACACAUGUCCUUCAUUAACACAUCAAUAAGGUUUGACCUGAAUUGUAUGUGUGCAUUCAUUUCUUUAUUUAAAUUGCUUUUUGUUAUGUGUCACUAGGCUUGUAAAAAUGGUCUUGUUCAGCACUUGGAGCACCUGUUAUUUUAUGGAGCUCAGAUUGAUGCUCGUACUGCGUCAGGCAACACAGCAUUGCAUGUGGCUGCUCUUAGUAAUCAGGUACUCACGUCCGAAGUAAACUUUAUAAACUGACAUGAAUUUUGAUCUGGUAACCUCUCAGUAUCCACAAGGUUCACAAGUUGCUUAAUUGUCAAUAACUACCACAAGUAACUUUAAACGCGCAACUUUUCCACCCUUGAGCAAUUUAUUACCCAGUAAACAGGUGAUAACAGUAGACAAUAAAUUAUCUCCUUUAGGCUGCCAUCAUGAUAUAUCACUAAAUUCCCCCAACUGAUUACAGUGUACAGGAGCCUUAGGAGAAUCAGCGAUCAGAUAAUGAAAAUUACUCUGUAGAGGUUUAAAUUUGCAUGUAUGACCGCAAAUAAAAGCGGAUCAUGGAGCUGUGGCUGGGUAAAAUUGAAAUUGUUUUUCGUAUUCAUUGAUUUCGAUCGACUGUAUCCAUGGCAUGUUGCUAUAAUUACAAAAUAUUGUGACUAAAACGUGAGUACAGUCAAUCUCACUUACAUCGGAAAUAUGUGUACCUGUACAUGCAGACGUAAACUUAUUUGUCAACAUUGGUCAGAACAGAAUUAGCGACUUUCCGUUCGUGUUUACAUUACUCAUAGACAAAAACCAGCGACAAUGGCUGCGGGCCCUUUUCUGUAGUUUACUCAACGCAUGAUUUAUUUAAAUGAAAAUGCCGGAAUAGAAACUUCAAAACGUCACAGUAGAUACCUCGCAUCAAAGUGAAAUCAGCCCAAAACAAUUACACAAUACUCCUCACCGCAUAACUCGUUCCUUUUUAUAAGGUUGCAUGGGAAAUCAUAGUAAGAACGCAGUUUUCUUUUACAUCACAAUCGAGUUUCAGCAAGUGAAAGGGACCUCUGCUGAUUAAUAGGCUUUGCUUUGUACAAUGCGCAACCGUCCGUCAGGCUGUGCUUAGAUCGCCACUUGAAACCGUUCGUCAUGUCUUUUCUUUUCUUUUAUGUAAGCACUUAGCAAAGAAAAAAAAAAGGUGAUGCAAUGAAUUGUGGAUGAAAGAGUGAUGUUCUAUGACCCAAGAAAACUACUGUGUACAAUGCUUGUGUUUAUUUGAAAGGAGUGAAUUUUGUUUAGAGGUACUUACAGCUUGAGACAGUUUUCCCUUCUAAGUAGCAUUCAUUCAUAAUUUCUGACAUACACUUUAACGAAUAUACAUGAAAGUGUCGUAUUUCAAUUAAAACGUUGGAACACCUGAAUCAUGACUGUCACCAAUCAGUAUGGAUGUGCUAUUUUAGGAGAGUCUCGGCAUUGUAUAUUCAUGCAUAAGCCAUGGACUGCAGCAAAUUUAUUCUUUAGGAAAUGCUUCGGUGGUCACGUCAUUUUAACUUCGACCAAAAGAAAUAUUGAAGGUUUGAACAGGUUAUCGAGCCACGUGUGCGAUAGGAAUUUACCAUAGACGUACAAUGCUGUUAUAGUUAUAAACCCCGAGUAGGUGUUAGGUAAUGUAAAAUCGAUAGAUACAGCUCAGAAUCAGUUUACAAGAUUUUUAAGGCUCCACAAAAUGGAGCCGCUUGGGCCGUGUCAAUCCAUUUUAUUUUAAGUUUGUUGCGGUAUUCCGCUUGCACACGAACUGCAGUUAUCAAUUAUUUGUAUAGAUGUAGUUUGUUUAGCAUUUGAACGCUAUGGUUGAUGUGGUUUUCUUUUCUUCUUCAGGAUGAAUGUGCUAGAGUUCUGUUGUUCAGAGGAGCGAAGAGAAAUAUCUUGAACUACGCGAAUCAAUCUGCAUACGAGGUAAGAUAAUGAUUAAGUUGUUGUGGAUGUAAGCAUUCGGAUUAUAAACCCUAAGUUCUUAUUUGUAUUUAUCACAUAGAAAAUCCAGGCGUGAAGGCCCAGGUUGCGUGGGGCUUUGAGCCCAAAUAAAGACAAUUAACGUUUAAUUUGAUCAUUGUGGUCGAGGAAUAUUUUUGAAUUAUUACAGCGGACUUUUAAGGAUCUAAUCCAUUAAUGUUUCAAAUUGAAUGCACAGAAAGUGAAAAUGUCAUAUUCUCGGCAUUGUAUGAUGUAAUGUGCUAUUCUUAUCUUUUUGCAUUAAAGUUGGGUAAAAUUUCGAGGAAAGUAUUUAUUUUAGUUCGCGUGACAUCUGGUUAGCUCAUAAUCUUUUAGAAAUUUGCAUAUUGAGACGGAACACUAUUUUCCAACUUAAUGUGCUGCUAUCGUGUUACGCGGCUUUUUUCACGAGUGAGGGCAAAGAAUGUGGACAUUUUAUACUCUUUUGAUGAUUCCAAAUUCCAUCAGUUAAUAGCAUAAUCUUAGAGAAAACAUUCUUACAGGUAGGUUUGUCCGAGUUCCUGUUUCGUGAGACUCGUCAAUUUGACAUUCUAACUUUCCGUCCGGAGGGUCAAACUUUAGGAAACAGAGUUUUGUUUUUAUUUCAAAGAUGGAAGUGAGUUGUUUAUAUUCUCUUGUAAUAUUGCCAGCUGCUUUUACAACGAUCAGUUUCCGUUCUUACUUCAAGAAACCGUACUUUUGAAUUGACAGUGGAUAUUUAGAGAGAGAGAUAGAGAAACUGUUUUCAUUCUGAACCUGGUGAAGUUCAACUUUUUAUAAUGCGGGCUGGCGAGUUUUUUUUCAAACAAGUUUUAUCCCCCCUGGGCAAAGGCAUGAAUUAUUUUUAUCUCGGUUUUUGUUAGUUUGUACUCUUUUUUUUCUUUUUUGGAUGCGUACUGUGAUGUUUUCUCUGCCAGGUGUCACAAGAUUAUGCAUCAGACAUUUUUUAUAUUGUCAUUUUCUAAAGCCCAAUAUCUUGUGUUCCGCUGAAUAAACUUAAAUGAUGAUUCCAGAAUACAAUUCAUGGCAUUGUCUGAAACCAUCGCGUUUGAGCUUUUUUCAAAUUCCGCAAAACGUUUUAGCAGGAGAAUGAUGAAUAGAAAGAUUGCAUGAGGCAAAUGGGUUCGUCUUUAAGUCAGACCGAGUUUUGACUUAAUCGAGGAUACCUUUAGCUGCAAUUUUUCGUUUGUUUGUUUAUUCCUUGUUUUUUGUGUUCAGUUCAUUCUUAGAAUGGGACAUAAGCUGUCAAGUCAAUGAGCUCGUACAGAACAGAUAUAUACAAGUCAAAUAUAUAGGUUUUAGUAAAAUGUAAAUAGUCGCUCUCAAGUGGGAGUUCUUCCAGAUAAAGUUCUGUAACUGUUCUCUUAUUUCAGUCUCUUUUCCAUAUUGCUUCGCCAUAUGCAAAGGUUUAAUUACUCUAUUUAUAGAUGUAGUCUGUUAGUAGUGUUUGAAAAGUUAAUGCUGCAGCUAAAUAUAGGGUUUGUAUUUGUGACGCGGAACCUUGAAUCCGCAAUAUUGAAAGCAAAAAAUGAGUAAUUAAUUUAUUAUUUGAUUCUUCAAGGUUGCCGCUGUUGGUGGGAAUAAAGAGAUCGCUGAGUUGAUAAAAAAUUUCAGUGAGAAGGAUAUAGGUAUGGCUGCGCAUAUUGUAAAUUAGAUCAGUAAACAAUUGUUAUUGGUUUUCACCUCGAAUAGGUUUUUCAGUAAACUUGCAUCGAUGAAAUUUAUCUUUCUUUUUCCCAGUCAAAUUCUCUGGAAAACCGAGCUACAGUACCCGUCGUCGUAAAUCUGUUUCCAAGCCGAAGGCAUCGUCGUUGUUUCCUCGGACACCUUCGGAAACUCAAUUGUCUGUCAAGAGCGACUCGUCGCCGCCGUCGCCUGACUCGUCAAUACACAGUCUCCCAUCCACCACGGCCUCAGAAACAGCAUCGGUCGACGAACCUACUGUAACAAUGAAUGGCGAUACCGAAAUCCAUAAUGGAUCCCGCAAGAAUCUCAACAGAACUUUAUCAGCGAGUUCCACGGCGUCUGAUUCUUCGUACGGUUCGGAGUCAGACUCUGGCGAAAUGUCCCCACGCGACCACGAGAAGCGGAAGAAACGAACAUGGCGUCAGUAUUCAGAGCCAAACAUCUCACAAAAACCAGCUGUACCACCCGUUAAAGCAGUAUCUGGUGCAGCAACAAUACGAAAGAGACUCUACGCCAGCGUACCUGGUAGACGUUUUGUGGCUAUCAAGGAUUAUAGACCAUUAAUGGCAGGAGAAUUGGCGCUCGAGAAAGGCGACGAAGUGGAAGGUAGGUGGCAUAGUGAUGGAGUAGAUUUCUUGUAGAUUACAGAUAUUUAGUUACAGUUGUUUUAACGCAAUCCACUGGUUUGACUGCACAUCAUCACCAAUGAACUGUCAUGUAACGUCGCGGUUUAGAACCGAACUUGAAUGUCUGUCGGUUUUGAUCAAUGAUGCUGCCUAAGGUGAGUGUGGGAGGAGGACUAGAGAGCUAUCAGUGCUUUUCGUGAUUAUGAAACUUAAAAUGUGUAAUUGCCAAAAUAUGUACCAUUAUGAGAAAUCUCUUGGGCGAGAACUGUUGAAUUGUUUAUGUAAAGGCUAUUGUAAUUAAUAGCUUGAAGGUCAGACAGACUGAGAUCUCGAAAAUAACACGUUAGUCACAUUGCGUGAUACUGGACAGCUUGUGCUGUGUACAUAGCCAGGGAGUUGAUUACAAAAGAACUCAGACUCGUAAUAGUUAUUUUUUCAUAAAAGGGCUGAAACGACGCCUGUUCUUAAUCUUUCAUUUUUGACCUGCCUACGUCAAUGUGUCAAUUGACAAAAAGUAUGUUAUUUCAUGUUAUACAAAUGGGUAUCAUUGGAGAUUGUAGUGCCAAUCUGAUUGAUGGGAAUUAGGGUGCCAUAGCAAAGUGUUUUUUAAUUUGAAGUGCUUGUGGCUUUGUAUUGUUUCAAUAUGUGUUGUAAUGAAUUUGAUGUGUUUCUAGUUUUGUUCGUUGGCGAGAAAGGCUACUGGGAAGGUCGAGUAGGAAAUUCAACUGGCUGGUUUCACCAUUCAUGUGUCGAAGAAAAGAAAGGAAAAGGUACGUGACUCUGACAUCAGUGAUAUCGGUUUAUUCCUUUAUCGCAUGCGGUCCAAUCUCAAGAUUUACUUCUCGCAUUAACAUCAAUCCCUACGUUAUCUGCGUCUAGAAAAAACGAGAUAGAGGAAAAAGCUAAACGAAAAUCGCACGCGGAGACUUUUGCGGCUAGCUUUAUGUGGACUUUGUUUUUAGUUGGGUUUCCUUGUAGGUAGUAGUGUUCUUUAACUCAAAGUUUGACGAUUCGUAAAAUGUAUCUUAUUAACUUAGUGUCAGUUGUUGAGUUUCCGGUGAGUUCUGCUCUAUGGCUGUUAUCAUGAUUGUCACGCAAUGCUCGCCCACAGAGUGUCAUGACGGACAAAAAGCGGCUGGUUUGAGGUUCAUGUUAUAAUGUUGUAUUGAUAUGCCUGGUAGUCAAGCUGAGGUUUCUUACCUUGAAUGUAUAAAAGUUCAUACUCUAAUCUCGUUAUAUUUCGUCCAUGUAAUUUAGGAAAAACCAGACCAAAGACGAUGUUUGCUCGGCCACCGUCACAGGCCAAAAGGUCAGUACUCUUAAGUAGUGAUUGAAAUAACAAGCCUUUUGCCAUUGUGCACUGCAGGGUGUUGUAAAAACUCAUACGGUGUACAAGCUAGACUCUUGGCUUCUUUCGUGACGUCUUGUCACUCGCAGUGUCUUCUGUCGUUAGCUUUAUUUUAGUCUUCACGAGACUCUUAGGCGACUUUAAAAAACGUUUUUAAUAUACUUAUCAAUAAAACCUCAGUUGAAGGGUUACCUAUAACAGUUUAACUGUUUGCCCCUUUCUUGUGAGGCCAAUGGGAGUGUAGUAAGUAAUAAUGAAGGGUUGAUUUUCUUUCUUUUUUUUUUUCAAUCUUGAACCAUUUCAUUCUGUUGCUACUGUUUCUUUUUGUCAGCAAUUCUCAAGACUUGAACCACGUUGGCUUAAACAACUCUGCUGAAGCUCCUCGGAUUGUAACUCUACUCAGGAGCAGUGCUGGUUUUGGCUUUCAGAUGAGAGGAGCCAAUUGUAAGUUACACUAAUAAUUGUCACUUACACCAACUUUUCGUUGGUUAGUAACGCGAUCAGCUUCUUAAAGUGUAUUGUUACCAGUCAGUGUUGCGUUACCUCCCAAAUUACGGGCACAGAAGAAGAACCACUAUUGAAUGUAAAUAUGAUUUAUGAAGGAACUAGAAGUCAAAGCCUUCACAGAAGAUCUGAACAGUGCGAUUCCUAUUACUAAGCCAGGAAGAGACAGCUGGGAUAAGAAAAUUUAACAUUACGACGGCUUUAGACUGAAACAUUAUCGAGAAAAAAAGGACAUCAAAAGGAACAUGUUUGACGAGCAAAAAUGAGUGGGAAAAACAGCUUCUUCGUGAAAAAUAUGAGACAACAAACAUGGUAUACCGAGCCUUUAAUUGAAUUUUUUUCAAAACUUUCGAUAACGAAAUUUCGUGUCAUUCUUGCUUUAUUGUUUCCGUCGGCAGCACAAGUUCCGCGACUGAAUUUUGUGCCUACUGCUGAGUUUCCAGCUCUUCAAUACUUUGGGGAACUGGAAGCAGGUGGUCAGGCAGACGUGAAAGGUAUAAAGGCAGGAGACUUUAUAUUAGAGGUCAGUAUACAUCCUCGCUACUGCAAUUACAUGCAAGCUUUUCGCCAAACGUGUGCGAGACGAGGGAAGUCUGGGUUCGAGCCAUGGCUACUACUCUCAUAGUGCCUUUCAUCACCCAAGAGCCUUGAAAACCGCGAGGGACAAAAAAGUUCCUCUGGUAGGAGGAGACGCAGUCCUGAGUUGCGUCAAGCUACAGAAAGCGCUGAUGAUCUCCAGCAGCUAUUGGUCUCUUGGUCUCUAAUACUUCACCUUGCCGGGUACAAUCCACUUUCCCCCCUCCCACUGACCUCGGCACCGCACAAACAUUUAUAAGCACGAAUCUUUGCUAGCAAGUGUAGCUGCAUUUACUCUGUGCGAGAACAUUUUGGAAACUGUUUCUUGUGCUUUCUCUCAUCAUAAAUUCUCAUUUUCAGGUUAAUGGCGAGGAUGUGAGGACAGCGACGCAUGGCCACGUGGUGGCGUUGAUUCAAAAGAGUGUCAAGUUGGUUAAUUUGAAAAUAGUCACAGCAAAAAGUCCUGCGGUAAAUGGAACUGAUCAUAAAGAUGGUAACGGUACGCCAUGUUAACGCUAGCUACCUAGGUUCAAUUUGAAAGUUUUGUUUUGUACACUGUCAUGUGCCUAAUAUGAUAUUAUGGCUUGUGAUCUUUUAGGUAACAAACUUCCUCCGCCUCCUCCAAACCGCGAUCCAUCUACUACGCUGACUUUGGGUCGGAUGAGCACGCUUUCUUCCAGUCGACCCUCGCUUUUCGGUGAGUUUAAAGCUAACUUUCUUAGUUAACCUGACAACCGAGCAGCCGACCGCCUUGUCUUAAGCACGUCUGUGCACUGGCAGAGCUCGGAUGUCUCAUGGAGCGACAUGUAUUUCCUUGCAUUUAUAAAAGUUUUUGGAACAAUGCACCUAAGAUUUCUGACACAUUAGCCUUCAGGCACCGUUUAAUCCUCUUAAAGGCAAGUUGUGAGAUGUUUUGUAAGUGCAGUUGCAAAUGCUCGAGAUUCAAUUACAUUGGAUUUCAGUUUUCGUUUAUAUCCGUUGACUGCCUUUGGAUAGUUUUGAGUGUAAAGGCAAAGGAGAGGCCAUCAUGCUCUACGUGAAGCAUGGGGUGCGAAUUCCCCAAUGUUGGUCUUUUCUUGUGGCCGUUUGCUCUCCUUCGCUAUCAGGUUGUAUUUGAAUGCUAUCAUUACGUUUCCUUUAGCUUUUGGUUACUUAAAAGAAUAUACUAUUUUCUGAAGAAAAUGAUUUCCUUUUCCACAGAGAUGAGCAUGGGCGAAAGCUUUGAAGAGCCCGCGAGCUACCGCGUGGACAGUGUCAUAACUGUUUCAAAGGAAAACCGCUGGCACAGUCUUCAGCGACAAAAGCCUCAGGCUCGUAAACCAGUUGGAGUUCAAAUGAAAUCACAAACGUUAGUUAAACGCAGAUCAAGUGGGGACCUAAAGAGCGGAGGAAAAAUUGGUUAUCAAAGGGCGCACUCAGUGCAGAAUAUGUUACCUCCCUCGUAUGAAUCUGUGGUGGGUAAGCGACCUCUCUCAGCUGCAGUACCGGUGGACAUGCCUGUUGUGCCGGAUGAUCCCAGACUGCCGCGGUCAAUGUCGGUAGAUAAUACCGCGUUAUCAAAAUAUCACUUAACAGCCAUGUCGACCCCUAAUCUUGACAAACCAAUUAUAGAUAAUGGCUGGAACAAUGGCUAUGGCUCUCCUCCGAAGGAAGUAAGACGCGACUCCAUGCAUGGACCGUAUAACUACGGUACUUUGGACAGAAGCAAAACGAGAGCAAAGGGUUCUGCCAACGUGGAGGCUGUUGUUACCUCGCCAGUAAAAGCCACCGUUGUAGCUGUGCAGAGCACAGAGGCCAAGCCCGAGAUAACAGUGGUAGCAACUCCAGUAGAAGUAGUCGAGUCGACGCCGACAACCCUUCCGGAUACCCAUAGGGUGCCUUCCAGUGAAGUCCAGUCAACAAGGAAAAAGGCUGAGAAGCCUGCUCUUCCUCCUAAGCCACGAACGUUAUCUGAUGCUCUUCAAGAAGCCGUAGCAGCAAGGAAUCAACGGAUUAGUCGGAAGUCGUCUGCUCCAGAAACUGAGGUCCCGUCAUCUAUUGCGGUAACGAAUGCAAGAGAAAGAAGGGUUAGUACUCCGACAAAAUUAAAUCCUCGUAAGACGGUGGAUGCAUCUCAGAAAGUUCGCAGCGACAUAAUGACGAGGCUUGAAGAAAAAUUCACGGAAGACGAUUGUAAGGUAGAGGUGGGAGAACGUGAACGAUGCCAUACGAUGCCACGACAGCAGGAGAAGCAAUACCGAAUUAAUAAAGAGAAUUCCAUCUCUCCCGCUAUGGACGAGCAAAGCGAUUCAAAUAAGAAGGGACUGGUGAUGUCUUCUUCGGCUGAUAUCCUCCGUCGUUACACGUCUCCAACUCGCGACAUGAAUAGACAGUCAUCUUUGGAUACCUCGGAGGCUGUCCACAGGAAUACCAAGAAAGGGAGUGAGAAUUUGCAGAGACAGUUGUCGGAACCAGUCAGCUUCGAUCGUCAACCGAGGGCGCAGGCACUUGUUAAACCGCCAGCUGCGCCAUCGCAGCAGAUACAGCUGGGUGUUCGGGGUAAGCCUGCGGUGCCGCCUCCACCUCCUACCAUGCGAAAUAAAGACAUUCCCUCGACACCGGUCACAAAGGGGCUGAUCACCGCUGAUGCAUUAUCCGCUAAGAAAUCAAAGCUGAAAUCUACAGCUAACGAGAAAGGGAUAUCUUCAAAUGCGUCUUCUCCAGCAAGAGAAGGACUCGCGCCAACGUCCGGUACAUCGCCUAAUCUUGCCACACAGCAUUCAGAUUUACUAGCGAAGGCUGUAGCUGCACGUGCAGCUCGCAUUUCUACUCAGUCUCAUUCAGACGCUGAUUUGAACCCAGUAGGACGAACUGAGAGUUCAUCAAGGUAUGUUGGACAAACUGCAAGUUCACCCAAUUAUGUUGCUGUUCAGAGAGGGCCUGACCUCAAAGAACUGAAUAAUAACAAAAUAAAAUCUCAAGUGGAAGUGAGAGCAGUUAAUUCUCGCGGUAAACCCUCACCUCCUGUCGCUCCCAAGAAGCGAUUCAGUUCAUUAGAUAUAAGACAACGAAAAUACGAAGGCGAAUUUAGAGAAGGAAGAACAACUUUGAACACUGGUAAUCACUCACCAAGAAUUGGGGAAGAACGCUCUCUGCCGUUUGAAAUACCUGCUCCGGUUUUGUCAGAGGAGGACAAGUCUGUUAUGUUUUUGGACGAAGUUAUUAGAAAAGAAGCAGAGAGUGAAAAUUGGAGUUUGAACUCUUGGAACAGUGGCACAGGCAGCGAUUCAAGCAGUGAGGUGUUUGUUCCUCCGCCCGUAUGGCCUGCGGAACAAAAUAAAGACUCAGAAAAUUUGUUAAAGCCGUGGUACGAGAGCAGCUCUCAAUCAGAGGAAAGUAUACCUGCGAAAACCUCUGAGCCAGAGAAAGUAACCAAGACUAUUACAACCAAGAAGGGUUUUCAGAUUAAGUUGACUAUUGAGUCGAAACGAAGCGACUCAUCGAAACCAGUUAGAACUUCUUCUCGUACGGAUUCUAAUGAUAUAGACAUUUCCGAACCACUAACACCCAGAGUUAUUGAGUCAACGAGAACUGAUUCACAGAAGGAAAUGCUACCAAACGAGGCAGUCCCUCAGGAAUCAGAUCUUGACGAGGAGUUGAAAACACCAGUAGUAGAAAAGGAAAGUGGGAAAAGUCGAUUUGAAUUACCACCACCGCCUGAUUUAUUUACAGACAAAGACGAACCGCAUGUACCGCUAGAUUCACCGCCUCUACCUCCCCCUCCUGAAUUUUCACCGCGGGAAUCCAAAACAUUAGUGUUCAAUUCAAAAGAAGAUACUGGGAACAGAAAUUGUGCCUCUCCAUCAGCAGAAAGUGAUGAUAGUAGUAAGGUAGGUGUGGUUCUUUUUCUUGAUCUGUGUGCUGCAUGAUGAAAAUACGAAUUAGAAAUGUUACGUAUCGCAUUUUUCCAUAGUUCUCCUUCGCAAGACGCACACAUAUAAAAGUAACAAACAGAUUAAGGUGGCGACACACUUUGCGAUUUAAUCGCCGAUUGCGGCGAUUUGAUUGCGAGCGAAAAACGCCGAUAUGUGUUUGACGUGCCGGAUUUUGACCACUAGGUAGAACUGGCGAACCAAACUGUUUCAUACUUAAUUAUCAUUCGACUGUUGAUGAGGACUACCCGGCCAGAUCAUUUAAAUCGUAUAUAGCCAAAAUUAAUUGAAUUGUUCAAAAAAAAUCGAAAAUGUUAGAAAGCUAGUCUUCUUUAAACCACAGAGAAGUCCAUAGUCGUAACUCUGUUGUUGUCAAUUCACAGCUAAAAGUCACUGGUAUAUAUGUAACAUUUGUGUAUUUUAUCUUAAUCCAGGAUUCGGUAGGCUAUACAGAUAUAUCGUCCAUAUUUGGUGGAUACUCUCGGCCAAUGUUAGUAUGAGUGGUCUGAUAUAUUACUGUUUACACAAUAAUAACUGAGAUGUAACUCUCGCUUUGUUUUGUUAAAAACUUAUCUUUUAUGGGUGCGGGUCUAUAAAACCUCUCACCACCGUCUGUUUAGCUUGCGAGCAGGCUCCCGUGUUUGGGUUUCGCCUUACGGUUAUUAAAUUACCCUGAAAACUCAUGGCUAUUUUAUAAAAGCUAUAGACUGUCGGCACUUCCUAUCGGUUUAUUUGCGUAAUAACCCACUUAGGAUGUUGGUUCAACACUCGGAAAGGCUACAAUUACUCGCUAUCGGCUCGUGAUUCAGUUCUCAUUUUCUUCUAACAUUUCACGUGGGUUAUGACGCUGGUAAACCGAUUAAAAGUGCGCUCUUAUGCUUAACGCACUGCCGCUGAACAACACUCUAAACUCACUUAGACUAGUUGUAGCCUGCUAGUUUUUCUCUAGGUAUCGUGUAAGAUCUUUUGCGGGAAAGAGAUUGGGGUCACAACCUAGCCCCUUCUUGUUUAAAAGCCAAUUUGACGGUUGGUUUCUCUGCGAGCCCGUAGGAUCGGACAAGUAGUGUAAACACGCUUGAACAUUUUCUGUUCAGUAUCAGGUGGGAUAUGAGCCAUUGGAAGUGAAAUAUGGUUCAUUUUUCCUUUCAAGUAGAUUUCAGUCUAGCUGACCACUUUCGUCACUGUGUUUUGUAUAAAUUCUUACUAUGAAUAAUAUUGUCUUUUAGGCAACCAUUCUUAGAGAAACCAGUGUUAGAGUGGGAUUGCGACGACGUGUGCGGCUGGUUGGAUUCCAUAAACAUGGCUCAAUAUAAAGAGACUUUCAGGGACAACGACAUCCAGGGAAUCCAUCUUCCCGAACUAACGAAGGCUGAACUGCGCGAACUGGGAGUUAAGAGCCUGGGACACAGGAUGACUCUCGAGAACGCCAUAGCGAGGCUGUCGCAGCCAUUGGAAUCAAACUGUUAACCAAUCGUUGGCUUUUCUGAUUUCAUUCAGAAGGGAAAAAAACUGGUCGUAAUUAUAACUUCUUAGUGUAUUUCGUUGGGAGUGGCCUCUAUUUACUUAAAUUAUGGUGACUGGUAUUUUUGUCGAUGUAAAGGGGUCUUUGCUAUUGUACACGAUAAUCUGUACAAUUGUAGCUAAAAUUGUAUGGAAUUUCAUCGUUGCAUACGGGUGCCCAAACAUUAUUUAAAGCGCAAAUUUUUUCAUAUAAAUAUUUCCAUCGGUAAAAAAAUGGGUAGUCUUUUUUCGUUCACUGUUUUUCCGUUCACGAAUUAUAAAGAACGAAAUAUCUUCAUUCAUCUGUUUGCGUUCAUUUUAGCAAAAAAAACAUGACCAAGCACUUGGUAGCGUUUUCGACACAAUUGCACAUUCCGUUAAAUGCAUGUUUGCGGGAAAAUGAAGAUACUGCUUCUUCAUGUACAGGAAUUGAUAGAUGUAUAGGGGUCAAUUUUGCAUCAAAUAUUUUGGCCUACAUGGGCCUAGUUUUUGAAGUCAGAAGUCGCUUGUGAAGAAAGAUCACCAUCGUUCUCCAUUUUGAACAGUUCGCUGUAGUAAUUUAUGGUCGAAGAAUAGUUAUGGAAAUGAAGUGUAACAUGUUACUGAGGACGUUUUUUCCGCAUUCGAACGGCUUCUUAUAUCCUUAUUUGGGAUUCUAUUUUAGAGCGUUUUUCUGUUAAUAUAAUCGACAAUUUAGGCACAUGUUUAUUAUACAGGUUAUAUUAUUUGGUAGGUGACGUAUGGGUACCCAUUAAUGAAAAUAAAUUCACAUUCCACUUGCUUUAUUAGUCUGGACAUAGGGAGCAUCAUGGACUAUCGAUCAAGGGUAGCCUCGUAAAACGUUCAAGUAAAUUUAGGGUAUUUUCAUAUUUAUCAUUUCAUUAUUUGAAAUUGUAGAAAAUUAUCAUGGAUCUAAAACCAAAUCGUUAAUUCAAGUUGUAAGUAGCAGUGAAUCGCCAUUAAGCAUUUUGUAGCCAUGAAUGAAAUCGUCUUAAUUACGGAUGACCAAGGGUUUCAAGCUGUGUGGGUAUUGCUCAAAUUUUUCUAUUUCUACGCAUUUGAAAUUUUUGAAGACAUUGUACUAAGGCUUGAUGUGUUGAUUCCUUUAGAGGUUUAGAUUCCGUCAGUAUAACAUUGUAAAUGUUCAUAUUGUUCGACUUGCAAACAUUUAUUUUUUGCAUGCAAUAAAGAUACGUA